UGCGGGCGGUGGCGGGGCCGGGGGUCGAGGCUGGGCCUGGGGCCAGUCAAGGCCUUCCCCACAUCCAUUCCACCCCAAACUGAGCCAGGCCUUUCUCACUGCCGAGUCCCCGGCCCCGUAUAUAGGCUCUAAAGGGGCACGGGCCAGGCCUCGGGACGCGCUGGGCGCAGACCCGCCGCGGUGGAGUCGGGGACCGGCACGGGGCGGGGGCCCGCGUGGCGAACCGUGCUCCCUGGGAUCUGGGUCACGUCUCCCGGCGACAGCGGGAUGGAAGGAGAGCUUGUCCUCGGGCUGCAGCAGUAGAGACUAAGAAAAGCGACCUCAGAGAACCAGACUAGCCCUGCUGCCGGGGGCAGGGCGACCCCACCAGGAGCCUGCAGCCCCUGAGUGACUCCACGGCUCCCUGUCCCCAUGGAGUCUGCCUUCCAUCCCUCGCUGUGACCUCUCCGCUGGGAUUCCAUGGCCACACAACCCUGUGACUCCAUGUCCCCCCCAUUCCAGGACCCCCCCUGGCCCCAUGACUCCCUGACCCCCAUGGCCUCAUGACCCCUGACCCCAUGGCCUCAUGACCCCUGACUUUCCACCUGGCCUCCCCGCACUUUGACGCCUGUGACUGCUCUUCCCUUCACGCACCUACCCACCCCCCCGACUUUGGCCCCGGCUCCCCUUGGGGGUCCUGCUGGUCUGGGCCUCCCCAGGAAGAUGUUGGGGAGGCUCUGGCCCACCCUUCUGAGCUUCCUCCUAGCAACCGCAGUCCCUGGACUCUCCGUGCGACGUCCAUCCAGAGAGCUGGAUGCCACCCCUCGGACCACCAUCCCCUAUGAAGAGCUCUCCGGGACCCGGCACUUCAAGGGCCAGGCCCAGAACUACUCGACGCUGCUAUUGGAAGAGGCCUCGGGGAGGCUGCUGGUGGGAGCCCGAGGCGCCCUGUUCUCUCUCAGCGCCCAGGACAUAGGAGAUGGUGCUCACAAAGAGAUCCGCUGGGAGGCCUCCCCAGAGAUGCAAAGCAAAUGCCAUCAGAAAGGGAAAAACAACCAGACAGAGUGCUUCAACCAUGUGCGAUUCCUACAGCGGCUCAAUGCCACCCACCUCUAUGCAUGUGGGACCCACGCCUUCCAGCCCCUCUGUGCAGCCAUUGAUGCUGAGGCCUUCACUUUGCCAACCAGUUUCGAGGAGGGGAAGGAGAAGUGUCCUUAUGACCCAGCCCGUGGCUUCACAGGCCUUGUCAUUGACGGAGGCCUCUACACAGCCACGCGGUACGAAUUCCGGAGCAUCCCUGACAUCCGCCGGAGCCGCCACCCACACUCUCUGAGAACCGAGGAGGCACCGAUGCACUGGCUCAAUGAUGCUGAGUUUGUGUUCUCCGUCCUGGUGCGGGAGAGCGAGGCCAGCGCCGUGGGCGACGAUGACAAGGUUUACUACUUUUUCACGGAGCGCACUGCCGAGGAGAGCUCCAGCAGCUUCUCUCAGAGCCGCAGCAACCACCGCGUGGCCCGUGUGGCCCGGGUGUGCAAGGGAGACCUGGGAGGAAAGAAGAUCCUGCAGAAGAAGUGGACGACCUUCCUGAAGGCUCGCCUCAUCUGCCACAUCCCCCAGUAUGAGACUCUGCGUGCGGUCUGCAGCCUGGACGCGGAGGCCUCAGCGCGCACGCACUUCUACGCGGCCUUCACGCUGACCACACAAUGGAAGACCCUGGAGGCCUCAGCCAUCUGCCGCUAUGACCUGGCCGAGGUGCAGGCCGUCUUCGCAGGCCCUUUCAUGGAGUACCAGGAUGGUGCCCGGCGCUGGGGCCGCUACGAGGGUGGAGUGCCUGAGCCCCGGCCUGGCUCAUGCAUCACAGACUCCCUGCGCAGCAGAGGCUACAACUCGUCGCAAGACCUGCCGUCCCUGGUCCUGGACUUUGUGAAGCUGCACCCGCUGAUGGCUCGGCCCGUGGUGCCCACGCGCGGACGGCCACUGCUGCUCAAGCGCAAUGUGCGCUACACACACCUCGCCGGGACAGCCGUCACCACGCCGGCGGGACCCACCUAUGACCUGCUGUUUCUGGGCACAGCUGACGGCUGGAUCCAUAAGGCCGUGGUCCUGGGCUCUGGGAUGCACAUAAUUGAGGAGACCCAAGUGUUCAGUGAGCCCCAGUCUGUGGAGAACCUGGUCAUCUCUCCAGUGCAGCACAGCCUCUACGUGGGGGCCCCUAGCGGAGUCAUCCAGCUACCGCUGUCCAGCUGCUCCCGCUACCGUACCUGCUAUGACUGCAUCCUGGCCCGGGACCCCUACUGUGGCUGGGACCCCAGCACCCAUGCCUGCAAGGCAGCCACCACCACAGCCAACAGGACAGCACUGAUACAGGACAUGGAGAGGGGAAACCGAGGAUGCGAGGGCAGCAGGGAAACAGGGCCACCACCACCACUGAAGAUCCGCUCUGUGCUCCGCGGCGAUGACGUCCUCCUGCCGUGUGACCAGCCAUCCAACCUGGCCCGGGCCCUGUGGCUACUCAAUGGGAGCAAGGGCCUGAGCGAUGGGCAGCAUGGCUACCGCGUGGGGGUGGACGGGCUGCUGGUGACAGACACCCAGCCAGAGCACAGUGGCAACUACGGCUGCUACGCCGAGGAGAACGGCCUGCGCACGCUGCUGGCCUCCUACAGCCUCACGGUGCGGCCCAUCACGCCUGCCCCAGCUCCACAAGCUCCCGUCACGUCUGCGGCACAGCUGGAGCCCGACGUCAGGCUGCUCUACGUGCUGGCCAUUGCCACACUUGGUAGCCUCUGCCUUAUCCUGGCCUUCUCCCUCCUCUACGUGGCCUGUUUGCGGGGAGGCAGAGGAGGGCGCCGACGGAAGUACUCGCUGGGCCGGGCUGGCCGGGCAGGGGGCUCUGCUGUGCAGCUGCAGACGGUCUCAGGCCAGUGUCCUGGAGAGGAAGACGAGUGUGAUGACGGGGAGGGGGCCGGGGGCCUGGAGGGUGGCUGCCUUCAGAUCAUCCCCGGAGAAGGAGCCCCGGCACCACCGCCCCCACCCCCUCCUCCGCCUCCGGCUGAGCUGACCAACGGGCUGGUGGCGCUGCCCAGCAGGCUGCGGAGGAUGAACGGCAACAGCUACGUGCUCCUGAGGCAGAGCAACAAUGGCGUGCCUGCGGGGCCCUGCUCCUUUGCCGAGGAACUCAGCCGCAUCCUGGAGAAGCGGAAGCACACGCAGCUCAUAGAGCAGCUGGACGAGAGCUCUGUCUGAGCCCAGCCUCUUCCAAGCCAGCCUGUCUGCCCUGGGCUGGGCUGCUGCCUCCUAACACCCUGCCUCCACGCCCCCGCAACUCGCCCUUCUCCCAACUUUUUACUGUCUCUGUAGGGCUGGUCAGGCAAGCCCAGCCAAAGCCCCCUCUUCAGUCUCCAAGACCCACACGUGAGCAGCCCAGGCCCACCGGUGCUCCUCAGAGGUAGGUGCUCCCUUGGGACCAGGUGCUCUGUAGACCCAGACCCUUAACCCUAAACACUCAGGAGGAGGGGGCUCCUCCUCCGGUCCCAUUCGUCUGCCCAAGCCCUUCCUCUUUCUCCCAGGCAGGGCUCUGCAGGUCCAGAUGGCCUCAAUGUCACCACCCUCUGCAUGGCCGAGGCCAGACAAGACCUCUGCAGCCAGCCGAGCCCUGCGUACUCACACGCACACACGGAAGAAUGUUUAUCAGCUGGGCUGCAGGGCCCAUCCCCACCCCCACCUUCUGGUGGAUUCUUGUGUUUCAUCCCUUCUAGACUUGGGUACCUUCCCAA